ACAGAUUUAACUAUCUCGGCGAAGCUCGUAAGGUGGGAAUCACAGUGGUAGGAGAUAUGACCCAGGCUAUGAGUCCGACGGCAGGGCUGAAGCGUGGACCUGGCAGGCCGCCUAAGGAUGCGACGCCUCUAUCGAAGAAGCCCAGGUUAUCAACAGAUCUUGGGUCCAGUCCCGCGCUACUGUCACCUAUAGUGAGCAUACCGGCCGUGGAGAAGAAGAAGGCACAGGUACCGAAGCUACCUUCAAAGGUUUCCGACAAGAGGGCGCUUCCUACUUUACCGCAACCGCAAGCCUUACCGCUAUCCGACGACGAGUAUCAGAGCAUCGCCGCCAGCGCUGUGCUUCAGGCCUCCUUGGCGCGCUCGCAAGCACGAUGGACAACGGAGGGUUUAUUCGAGCGGUACUGGGUGAAGCCGGAGACAGGCAAGAACGCAAAACCUCCCCCGGCGAACAAUCCAGACGUGAAGUGGAUGAAGGCCAAAGGCGAGUGCCGCAUUCGGAUCGAACCUCACAUCUUCGAGUGCCAGAUGUACGUUGAGGAGAAGCCGAAACCACCGCCACCGCCGAAGCAGUAUCCGCCCCCCGGUCAGGCGGGGUACGGGCAGCCGUAUCGGCCGCAGCAGUAUACGCCUGGACAACCAUAUCAGAACCAAGCCUUACCGCCGUUACAGCAACAGUCGCACCAAGGGAAAACACUACCUCCAAUCAACAGCAUGACGCAACGCGCACCUUCAGGGCCGGUGACGCCUGCCUCUAGAGCCCAACCUGCUCAAGUUCAGCCCGAAAAGAAGAUGCCCGACCCGGUUAUCAGCAAGCUUGCCGCACGCGCCUCUCAGGAUCCCGAGCUUAAGAGCCUCAUGAAGGAGGUGGCGACAGGAAGCGCGACCGCCGCACAACUCAAAGUCUUCCAGACGCAUAUCGAUGAUCUGCAGAAGCAGAUUAGGGUAGAACGAGAAGAGAAGGAGCGACAGGACGCAGAGGCUGAGAAGAGGCGGCGUGAAGCUGAUGCUGCGAAGGAGGAAGUGAUACUGUACGAUGGAGCGAAUGAUAGUCGCACGGGCACACCCACGCCGCACAACCAGCAACCCCCAGCGACACAACAAGCGCCUUUUCACAACCAGCCAUCUACUUCGUCUUACGCGGUUCAACAGGGUUGGACUGGCCAGCAAAGCACGCAACGCCCAGUGAUCCUCUCCUUCACCGUACCAGGCGCAAGCGAGGACCGCUUUCUCUUCCCUCAGCAUAGCAUCCUAGAGACACUAUCACCGCAUCAUCACCUCGCUUCCUUUAUAGUCACCCGCAAAGGUCGCGAUGCUGCCGACCCGACGGGGUUGGAUCCCAACAAAGAGUACUGGCAGCCUGUCACCAUCAUGUUAGAGGUCAAGACCGGGCUCGAGACCACUUUGCCAGAGUUCGUAAAGCGUUGGGUCAAGCCUGCCAACGAAGUGAGGAAGCAUAUGGAGGACGUCAUGAAGCGCUGCGAGCGAGCGCCCGAGAGCUGGCUCGCUUUGAGGUUGCCCUUGAAGGACAUGGAGAAAGAAGAUGACAUGUCUUCAAAGGCUGUAAGCAAGGAGGCAAGUCCGAUCGUACUUGUUGAGGAGAAGAAGGCGAAGGUGCAGAGUAACGUGAAGUUUGUGAAGAAGCCUACAUCGGUGUUGAAGAAGAGUAAUUCUGCGACCAACACGACAGCAGGAAUCAACACACCUUCGAAGCAUGGUCCUGAUGCCAGUACGGGCACGGUAGCUGCUGAAGUGUCAGGCGAUCAGGCAGGGAAGCAGGGUGGGGAGACUGCUCCUAUUGAGGCGGAGACGACAGAAAGCGGACGGCCGAGGAGGGCUGUCAGGAAGAGUGUUAGGAUCAGCGAAGGAUAAUUGUCCUUCUGUUUCAGUCUUAUUCUGCCUCUCACCUUCCACUGUACACAGUCACGUGAUAUACUCUCACUUCCACCCGGCAACUUCCGGCAUCAGGCGUUCUCCGCCUAAGAAGACUGC